GAGGAUGCAGGAGACUGAGAAAAACGGGAGCAUUAAGACCCAGUGGGAGUAGAGGAUUGCAGCAACGAGCCGGCCGGAGGAGUAGGCGCUGGAGGGUAGGAGCCAUCUGGUACCUUGGUCGCCUUCGAAACAGCAUCCUCUCUAGUGACAAAAAAUGGCCAGUCAGUCCCAGGGUAUCCAGCAGCUCCUCCAAGCUGAGAAGCGGGCAGCAGAGAAGGUGGCCGAUGCCAGGAAGAGGAAGGCCCGGAGACUGAAGCAGGCAAAGGAGGAAGCCCAAAUGGAGGUAGAGCAAUACCGCAGAGAGCGUGAGCAGGAGUUUCAGAGCAAGCAGCAGGCGGCCAUGGGCUCUCAGGGGAACCUGUCUGCAGAAGUGGAACAGGCCACCAGACGUCAGGUCCAGGGCAUGCAGAGCUCCCAGCAAAGAAAUCGGGAGCGUGUCCUGGCUCAGCUUCUUGGCAUGGUCUGUGAUGUCAGGCCCCAGGUCCACCCCAACUAUCGGAUCACUGUCUAGGAUCACUUCUUAGGGACAUGUCCCUAGAGGCUGACUCCUCUGUCAGCUCAGAUCCCAACCCAAAAUCGCUUG